CUCGGCGUUGUGGGCGAUGAGUGAGCGGCUUCCCCACCGCCGCAGUGGUUCGCGGACAGCCAGCUGUAGCCUCGAAGGAGCUUAGAGCCGAAGCCGAAGCUGGUGAAGAAACAUGCUGUACCGGUUUGCACGCCAGUAUGUAUCUGCAGCGCCUAAGAUUGGCUAGUCUGACGAUAGACCCAGCUUAAUCCAAUCACACUAACAUCCCAUGUAGAGCCUGGCUGCUAGUGCCUAUAGAAGACUGGGCUACCUUGGCUAUUGUAUUUAACACUGCGCAUCCCCAGUCGUGUUUCUGUUCAGCUCCUCAAGCUGCAUUACGUCGCUCAAUCAAACCAAACGUCACUAUGCAUGUCUCAAUUGCCGCCGCUUUGGCGUGCGCUGCCGCCGCCGCUGCGGAUGACCACAAGGAUUUCGAUUCCAUCUACCAGCCUUCUAGAGGUGACGUAGUCCAGGUCGGCUCUACGGUUGAGAUCAAAUGGACCGUGUUGACCAAAGUCGACGGCCCGGUCAACAUUACUCUCACCGCCGGCGCGGAUGCUGGUACCCUUGUUCCUGUCGACACUCUUGCCUCUGGCUAUGACAACUCGAAGCUGACGUAUUCCUGGACGGUCAAAUCCCCCGCAAAGCCGCAGAAGGCUUACGGCAUCAAUAUCAUGCUCGCCUCCAACGCGACAGUAUAUUCCUGGUCUCCGCUCUUUGCCAUCAAGGAUGAGGCAGCGUUAUCUUCCACCUCUAGCAUCAAGUCUGGAGACACGACGUCUUCUCUCUUGACCAGCACCACAACUCGCAGUCUUGCUUCACAUUCCUCCUCCAGUAGCACGGCUACGUAUAGCACCAUCUCUGCGCCGACCACCGCGUCACCUACCGAACAAGCCUCAGCCACCUCCGACACCAACUCUGCGGCCAAGAGUACCUCGUCUGCUGGCGCUUCUGCCCUUGGCGCCGGUUCUUUUGCCGCCGUCGGUGGUCUCGUCGCGGCUCUCCUUGCCGUAUAAAGUAUGUUGCCCAUAGUUUUCUUUCCGAUAUGAUAUUUAUUAUAAAUAGAAGAUUACAAGGUAAAUUUUAUGGACUAAAUACAAAUGAUAACUAUAGUUAUAUUGGAUAACAACUGGCUAGUAAGCAAAACAUGUAGCCAACUCCCUGCAACUAACUUAUACCUUGUAGAGCCGUAUUCUAUGUAGCAAUAUAUUAUAGAAUUAAAUCC